CCGUGUCCGAGGCUGGCCGCAGGUGCUGGACAGAAAUGACGGGACUUUUCUGGUCCGCUACAAAUUGUUCAACACGGUCAAAGAUGUCCAGGUGGAGGUCACUUAUAACGGGAAACAUGUGGCGGACUCUCCGUAUCUUUUAAAAGGAUUAAUUUAUCAUGAAAAAUGCUACUGUCCAGUUGGCAAAGUGGACAAAUGGCUGACCAAGAUGCAGUGUCCUAAGAGUUACCGACAGAUAAAGCAGGAUCUGUCCCUGUACAAGAACAUUGACAUGGAGAAGGUGGAAAAAGAUCUCGUGUCUAGAUUUAGUCAGCGUGGCAGCUUUAGCUUGUGUCACUAUGUGGUCAAGAAUAACAAGAUCUACAGGAAAACUCACGGAGAACAUGUUGGGUUCAAGAUGUUCAUGGAUGCCAUGUUGUUGUCCUUGACAAGGAAGGUGAAGCUCCCUGACAUAGAAUUCUUUGUCAACCUUGGUGACUGGCCUUUAGAGAAGAGAAAGACCAGUGACAACCCUCAACCUGUCUUUUCUUGGUGUGGAUCAGACGACACCAGGGAUAUCGUCAUGCCAACCUAUGAUGUCACGGAGUCCACAUUAGAGACUCUGGGCAGAUGUGAACAAGAGAGUGGUACGUUAGAAAUGCCAACAUAUCAAACCUCUGAGUCUGACUUAAAGAAUACGUGUAGGGUCAGUCUAGACCUGAUGUCAGUGCAGGGAAACACGGGACCAAAGUGGGAGAACAAGACAGAGGUGGCUCUCUUCCGUGGGCGGGACAGUCGUCAGGAGAGACUGGACCUGGCUGAGAUGUCCUUGAAACAUCCUGACCUCAUUGAUGCCAAGCUGACCAAUAUGUUCUUCUUCAAGAAAGAUGAGAGUAAACACGGUCCACUGGUCAAACAUAUAUCCUUCUUUGACUUUUUCAAGUGGAAAUAUCAGCUGAACAUUGAUGGCACAGUGGCAGCGUACAGAUUCCCGUACCUUCUGGCCGGGGGCUCCUUGGUAUUCAAACAGGACUCCCCAUAUUAUGAGCAUUUUUACAAACAGCUGGAGCCGUACAAGCAUUAUGUUCCUUUCAAGAGAGAUCUCAGCGAUUUGAUGGAGAAACUGAUCUGGGCCAAAGAACACGAUGAAGAGGCAAAAGAAAUAGCCCGAAAUGGUCAGCUUUUUGUGCGAGACAAUCUAAUGGCGGUGGACAUAUUUUGUUACCAUGUUGUAUUAUUUAAAGAAUAUGCCAAACUAUUAAAAAGUCCAGUAGAAGUCCGUGAUGGCAUGGAGCUGGUGGACCAACCCAGUGACCACGAGUCAAAGUGUGAGUGUGGGAGAAAGACAAAGAAAGCUAAGAAGGCAAAGAACAAGAAAGAUGAACUCUGAUGAUGGUUUGGACUUAAUAGUAACAAAUCAUGCAAUACAUAAAACAGCUGUGAGAUGACAAAAUGCUUCCAGGAAAACUUUGAACAGUUUUCCAUCGAAGAUAUUAGUAAUUAUAAGAAAGCAUCAGAAAUUUAUACCUGUGAAUUCUUUGGUACAGUUCUGAUAUUUUUAUUGUACAUUUUCUUUUAUUAUACAAAUGGGACCAGUUUGUAUUUAGAAUUUGUUUGAAAAACUAAGUGAGUUAAUACCUUUUUUAUUAGAUAAUUUAUUGGGGGUAUUCUAAAAUAUAAUAUUGAAAAGUAAUUGUCACAAUUUUUCUCAUUCUAAUUAUAUUGAGAUGGCUUUAAUGUUUGUUUGUGCAGUUAUAAGUAAGUGUUUAUUGAAUCAGUCUAGAAUUAAUAAUAUAAUUAUUUUGCAUUCAAUUUAAAAUGUUAGAGUAUAGAUGACCUACGUACUGAAGUGUCCUUACAUCAGUAGUUAUUGCAUUUAGUUUUGUGUUUGUCUUUGUGGGCAUAUAAUAUUACAAUAUUAUCUUAUAUAAUAUAUUAAAUGACUUAUAUAAUCUGUUAUGGUAGAUGUUAAGUUGUAUUGAGUUUUAUCACAUUGAUCAUGGUACAACUUUGUGUCACUGACAAUAUGGUUUGUGAUCGUCAGUUAAAAUUUAGUUACUGUUUAAAGGUAAAUAUAUCGUCUUUGUAUUUUGUGCAAUCUCAGAAGAAUUGAUGUUUGGCAUGGUGUUUAAUAUUCUCAUCCAGAAGUUUUAAGCAUUAUGGUAGGUAAACUAUAAGCUGGAUCUUUCCCGUCACAUUUUUUUUUUUUUUUUUUGGACAAAUUUGGUCUAACGUUUCGAUGAUCUUAAUUGUUUUCAGAGGAUUCAUUAACUCCACAUAUCAUAGUUUAUCACUUUUUUAUUAUCUGUCUACUGCAGUACACUUCGUCAGCUUCCAAGUCUUUAAUGCUUGUGAUGUGUUAAAUUGUUGCAAAGAUUUUUUCAGACCAGAAAUUGUCCAUUGAAACGGUUUCUGUUUCAGUAGUGUGUUUGUAUUUUUAUUGUUAUUAGUCAAAGUGGACAAUAAAGUAGGAAAUUGA